AUGGGUGGCUUUCGCGCUGUGGAAGAUAGGCCUACGCCAAAGGAGGUGUACAAUUGGCGAUUGUACACUGAGGCUGCCGUUAUUGCUACGGGAUCACUGCUGUUCGGUUAUGACUCUGCUUUUAUCGGCACCACCAUUGCUCGCGAUAGCUUCAAGCGUGACUUCAACAUCAAGCCCGAGGACUCGGCUGAUAUCUCGAGUAACAUCACUGCUACCUUCCAAGCUGGAGCUUUCUUCGGUGCAAUCAUUUGCUUUUUGAUUACUGAGAAGAUUGGUCGCAAGUGGGCUCUCCAGGCCAACGUUGUUGUGUUCCUCAUCGGUGCUAUUCUCAUGACUGCUGCCACUCAUCAAUUGUCUUAUAUCUACGCCGGCCGCGCUCUCACCGGUAUCGCAUGCGGUGCCAUCACCGCCACAGUCCCCAGCUACAUCGCUGAGCUCUCCAUCGUCUCCAUCCGCGGUAUUCUUACCGGUCUCUUCGAAGUCACAUACCAAACCGGUUCUCUGAUCGGCUUCUGGAUCAACUAUGGCAUCAACCAGAACAUGAACCCUUCCUCCGCUGCAGCAUGGCGAGUCCCCAUGGCUGUUCAGAUCGCCCCUGCUGCUAUCCUCUUCAUUGGUGGCUUCUUCCUUCAUGAGAGUCCGUUGUGGUUGAUGCGCAAGAAUCGUGAGGAGGAUGCUACCAAGGCGCUUGAGAGUCUGCGACAGAUUCCUCGUGAUCACAAGUAUCUUCAGGAGGAUCUUGAUAUGAUCCGAAAGCGUCUUGCGGAUGAAGCCUUCGUUGCUAGCAGGUUCGGUACCGGACCCUGGGCUCUUUUCCGAGGUGCUGUAUCUGAACUUACCCGCAAGGGAAUGCGAAACCGUGUUCUGCUUGUUUUCUGCUCUUUUGCUCUGCAGAACAUGUCUGGUGCUGCUGCUAUCAACUAUUACUCACCCACUCUUUUCGGUUCUCUCGGUAUUAGCGAUGUUGCCCUCUACACUGGUAUCUAUGGUCUUGUCAAGGCCGUCGCAUCUAUCAUCUUCUAUGGUGCUCUCAUUGACAUGUGGGGACGACGUAACCCUACCAUCAUCUCAUCUGCCAUGUGCUCUGUCUGUCUCUGGAUCGUCGGAGCUUAUGUCAAGAUUGGACAUCCCGCUACUAUCAUUGCUGAGGGCAAGGAGCUUUCUCCUUCGACUGCCGCUGGUGGUAAGGCUGCUACCGCUAUGAUCAUGAUCUACUCUGUCUUCUGGUCCUUUGGUCUCAACGGUAUCCCCUGGAUCGUCUCAGCUGAGAUCUUCCCUGGUGCUCUCCGAACCUUGACAGGUACAUAUGCAGCCUGUGUUCAAUGGCUCACCCAAUUCGCCAUCACCAAGGCUCUCCCCUACAUCUUCAAGUCCUUCGGCUACGGAACAUGGUUCUUCUUCGCAUGCUGGAUGAUCACAGCCACCGUCUGGGCCUUCUUCUUUCUCCCCGAGACAAAGGGUAAGACCCUCGAAGAGAUGGAUGUUAUGUUUGGCUACGUUCACGAUCGCGCUCCAAGCGAGCAGGACGAUAUGGUCAAGACUGGUGCCAGAUCCUCUGUGACUGAGCACAAGGAGGAAAAUGUUUAA